ACCCCCCUCGUAUAAAGAUAAAGCCCUUUGUCCUUUGUCGAUCGCCGCCAAGUCUUGAGCAUUGCCCUACGCUCCUCCAUCGCCUUCUCUUCUCUCAGAUCUCUCGAUCGCUUCGAAAAUGGCUGCAGACAUCGCCUGCGCCUACGCCGCCGUCAUCCUCCACGACGACAACAUCCCCAUCACGGCCGACAAGAUCUCCGCUUUAGUGGAGGCGGCGAACGUUAGCGUCGAUCCCUACUGGCCUCCACUUUUUGCUAAGCUCUUCGAGAAGCGCAGCGUCGAUGAUCUCAUUGCCAGCGUCGGAUCCGGCGGAGGAGGUGCUCCGGUUGCUGCUGCUGCGGCUCCUGCUGGUGGCUCGGCUGGUGGUGCUGCACCUGUUGCUGCCCCCGUGGAGGAGAAAAAGGAAGAACCUAAAGAAGAGAGCGAUGAUGAUAUGGGAUUCAGUUUGUUUGAUUAGGCCUACAUUCUUCCAGUCAGAGAUUAGGUAUUUUAUCAUUGUCUUCAAAGUUUUUCCCUUUUCUAAUUUCUAGUCAUUAUGUGAUGUUACUUUGAGUUCCUAUCUGGUGGAGGCAUCAAAUGCUUCUGUGAUUUUGUCAGAAUGGUUAAAUUUGGUUGAAUGUGUUAACAAUGAAUGUGUUUGUUACUUUGAUAAGAACUAUGCCUGCCUUAGUUCA